CAGCAAAUAACCCUUCUUCCUGUAUGUACGCAGCUCUUGAGUAAUUGGCAUUGUCUUGCCAGAUUCAUGCAAAGAAUUAACCGACAACAUUAUUGCACAUUACAUGUUUUCCUAACCAUAAGUCAUCAGCUUUUAUUUUGUACCUGACAUGUCUUGCAACCAACCUGGAUCUCGCUUUGCCAUUGAAUUCUGGUUGCUAUCAAGAUUAUCCCAACAUUGGUUUGUUUGUACAAGGAUUUUAUGAUUAGAGAAUGUUGGAAGUUUCAAAAGAUGGGUCUUUUCUGCUAGUAACUUUCGAUUCAUUUUCUUCACAGAAUGGUGGGCGAAAAGAUCUAUCUUUCCACUAAUCUGUGAUCAAUAGAGGAGCAGAUUAAGACCCAAAUCAAUUAUAGUGUCAGGUUUUCUGCCGUUUACUUUGGUUUCCUGUUGAGCUGGCCCGUACUGAGGUCUCCAGUGCAUAUCACGCGCUAUGAUAUGUUAUCUAUUUAUCGGAGAGUCAAAAAAUGGGAAGCAGAGAGGCGCUGAGAGAGUUGGUUGGCCGUACAAGUAGGCUCGGUGUUCUUGGUCCAAACCACUCCGGUAAUCUCUGCCUUUGAGACAAAAGUUCUGAUGAAAAUCCAACAAAGUAAAGUUUUUCUUGGAUUUGCCUUACUUUCUGCUGCAACUUUCCCAUCUGUUUUCCUUAGUCCAGCCAAAUGGUAUAAAAUGAAUUGGUGAACGGUGUUUCAAGAAGCCAACAAACUUCUUUGCUUGAUAGUUAUUGCCAUUCUGGUUUGAAGAAGAGUUUGGCUAGGUAAAUCUGGAAUCAACACAUGUGAAAGGAACAUUUGAAGCAUGCUUUAGUUGUCCUGCUUAAAGUAUCACCUCCCAACAAGUUUAUAGUCUACUCUUGCUGUCUCUAAUAGAGGAAUGUCGAGUAUUCCAGGCCUAUUGGAGUUCAAAGCUCUCCUUUUAUUCAUCGAGGCAUAAUGCUCUAUGAAACUUUAAAUUAGAACAGCAUAUAGUCAUUUGAGAUGGAUACUAAGGAAGCAGAGAGAGUAGUUAUUGCUAAGCCAGUUGCCUCAAGACCGACUUGUUCCAGUUUUAGAUCUUUCUCAGAACUUCUUGCAGGCGCCAUUGGUGUCUCGCCCUCCAAUGUGUGUUCAACUGCAGUUGCUGCUAUUCGACCAAAGACAGUGAGGUUCAAGCCAAUGGUGAAUCGUGCUCCACCUGGGCCGGUUUCUUCUCAGGCCAAAAUCUCUGGAGCAGCUGUUUGUAAUUCAGCUGAUGAGGUUCCGAAAUUUGAGAGCAAAGCAACUGUGGUAUACAAACCAUUGGCGAAAUUUGUAUCAAAGACGACUGCUUCUCUCUUGGCAAAUAUGGGAAACUUCAAUACUAAUCAUCAACCACCACAACCAACAGUCGAGACCUCUUCCCAACAUUCAAACCAAGAGAAACAUAAGUUCAGAUCCCAAAAAAGCUCAAAUCUUCACCAGAAAAUUCCCUCACAAGUUGAAACAAUGCAGGCAGUUGGGCCCUCAAAGGUAGCAUCCCAGAAACUGGAGGAGGAUCCGAAAGCUUUGCCGACUACAGCUAAUGGUGACAGUCCUUCUUAUGAUGGAUAUAAUUGGAGAAAAUAUGGCCAAAAGCAAGUCAAAGGAAGUGAGUACCCAAGAAGUUAUUAUAAGUGCACACAUCCAAAUUGCCCCGUGAAAAAGAAGGUUGAGAGAUCAUUGGAUGGUCAGAUUGCAGAGAUUGUUUACAAGGGUGAGCACAACCAUUCAAAGCCUCAGCCUCUUAAGCGCAACUCAUCAGGGACAACACAAACGCUAGGAAUUGUAUCUGAUGGGCUUGGUCAAGAUACCACCAGCAGCAGAUACAAUGAAGGAAAUGAUGGUUCUGAAGGCAGAGUAGAAAAUCAGAAUGAAGUAGGAUUGGCUGCACGUUCUACUUAUCAGGGUAAUGCUGCACUAACUUGUGAUCCUGUUUCAACUGGUACAAUUGCUGCUGCUGCUGCUGGUACUCCUGAUAAUUCCUGUGGCCUUAGUGGAGAAUGUGAAGAAGGGAACAAAACAAUGGAGCUGGCGGAUGAGAAACCCAAAAGCAAAAAAAGGAAAAGUGAGAGUCAAUCCAACGAAGCAGGUCUAUUAGGGAAAGGCACACAAGAGCCCCGCAUUGUGUUGCAAAACUCCACAGAUUCUGAAACUAUGACCGAUGGCUUUCGCUGGAGGAAAUAUGGACAGAAGGUUGUCAAGGGAAAUCCAUAUCCCAGAAGUUACUACAGAUGUACCAGUCUCAAAUGCAGUGUGCGCAAACAUGUGGAAAGAACAUCAGAAGAUCCAAGAGCUUUUAUCACAACAUAUGAGGGAAAACAUAACCACGAAAUGCCACUCAAGAACACAAAUCCAGUGGUUUCCGAAACAGAUUUCCUCGCCCCUAGAAGUAAAGAAAGGAGAACAUGAAUGACUGUGUGCACUGAAAUCUUCACCAAAUCCAUUAUUUGAUAUGGUAGUGUAAGUUUGAUAGAGGUUAAGGGCAUUAGAAGCCAGAUGACUUAUGUGAUCAGCAAUGGUGGAUCAUUUUUACUCUAAAUCUCACAGAUUGUUGACCAAAGACUCUGUUUCUUUCUUUUCUCCUCUUGUGGGGGUAGCUCAGAUUAUUCUAUGGAAACAUAUCUGUCUCUAUACAGCCUCUUCACCGUGCUGCCUCAAAGCUUGUUGUAACACUAGCCGCACACUAUGCGUGAGAAAAAUGACGAUGUUUUUUAAUCCUAAUCUAUUUUAAAUUUUGUUUAUAAA